AAUUUUUCUUUCACCCGCCCCCGGCCGCCGCCCGCGACUGGACCCGCGACUGGGCCCGCGCAGCCACUCAAGUGAAUUCCCGUCAGAGGUUGACUGAGUCGAGGUCGUCCAGCAACCUACCCUGGAUCUCAGUGCCCCUCCUUCUAUAUCUCAGUCAUCAGUCCCCUCUUCUCUUUCCUUUCCUUCCCUCCCGUCUUUCCUUCUUUCCUUCAUCAUCCUCAAUCCUCACACGGCCUCUCACUUUUUCAGAAGCCAACCCCCCCAAAUCAGUCACCAUGUCUACCUACUCCCUCUCCGAGACUCACAAGGCCAUGCUCGAGCAUAGCUUGGUCGAGUCCGACCCCCAGGUCGCCGAGAUCAUGAAGAAGGAGGUUCAGCGCCAGCGCGAGUCCAUCAUCCUCAUCGCCUCCGAGAACGUCACCUCGCGUGCCGUCUUCGAUGCCCUCGGCUCCCCCAUGUCCAACAAGUACUCGGAGGGUCUUCCCGGCGCCCGCUACUAUGGUGGCAACCAGCACAUCGACGAGAUCGAGGUUCUCUGCCAGAACCGUGCCCUUGAGGCCUUCCACCUCGACCCCAAGCAGUGGGGUGUCAAUGUUCAGUGCUUGUCCGGCAGCCCUGCCAACCUCCAGGUCUACCAGGCCAUCAUGCCCGUCCACGGCAGACUCAUGGGUCUUGACCUCCCCCACGGUGGCCAUCUUUCCCACGGUUACCAGACCCCCCAGCGCAAGAUCUCUGCUGUCUCUACCUACUUCGAGACCAUGCCCUACCGCGUCAACAUUGACACUGGUCUCAUCGACUACGAUACCCUCGAGAAGAACGCCCAGCUCUUCCGCCCCAAGGUCCUCGUCGCCGGUACCUCUGCCUACUGCCGUCUGAUUGACUACGAGCGCAUGCGCAAGAUUGCCGACUCCGUUGGCGCUUACCUUGUCGUCGAUAUGGCUCACAUUUCCGGCCUCAUUGCCUCCGAGGUUAUCCCCUCGCCCUUCCUCUACGCCGAUGUCGUCACCACCACCACUCACAAGUCUCUCCGUGGCCCUCGUGGCGCCAUGAUCUUCUUCCGCCGCGGUGUCCGCUCCGUUGACGCCAAGACCGGCAAGGAGACCCUCUACGACCUUGAGGACAAGAUCAACUUCUCCGUCUUCCCUGGUCACCAGGGUGGCCCCCACAACCACACCAUCACCGCCCUUGCCGUUGCCCUCAAGCAGGCUGCCUCCCCCGAGUUCAAGGAGUACCAGCAGAAGGUCGUUGCCAACGCCAAGGCUCUCGAGAAGAAGCUCAAGGAGCUCGGCUACAAGCUCGUCUCUGACGGCACUGACUCUCACAUGGUCCUCGUUGACCUUCGCCCCAUCGGCGUCGAUGGUGCCCGUGUUGAGUUCCUCCUUGAGCAGAUCAACAUUACCUGCAACAAGAACGCCGUUCCCGGCGACAAGAGCGCCCUCACCCCCGGCGGUCUCCGUAUUGGUACCCCCGCUAUGACCUCCCGUGGCUUCGGCGAGGCCGACUUCGAGAAGGUCGCCGUCUUCGUCGAUGAGGCUGUCAAGCUCUGCAAGGAGAUCCAGGCUUCCCUCCCCAAGGAGGCUAACAAGCAGAAGGACUUCAAGGCCAAGAUCGCCACCAGCGAUAUUCCCCGCAUCAACGAGCUCAAGCAGGAGAUUGCCGCCUGGAGCAACACCUUCCCCCUCCCCGUUGAGGGCUGGAGAUACGAUGCCGGUCUCUAAAUGUGUUACUCACAUACAGAGAUUUCCUGAAUGUUUUGCGUGGUAAUGAGGAUAUACGGUAUAUAAGCGUUUGGGGCAUUUUUCAACAGCGAUGCCAAUGGGUCGCGGAUAUGUUUUUCAACUUUGCAUGAGACCCGGGAUGAAGACUUGGGGAAAACUAAAAACAGGGUGGUUUAAAAGGGUCACUGGAUUUACGAUCUCAACGAUGGAUUAGGUUACGGGGAAAAAAAAGUCACUGGGAGUCGGAAAAAAAUUCACCAUAUUGCAUGCAUUUCUAAAGGGGCGUUGCAAUUUGGUACUUGGUCCUCAACAUGAUCAUUUUUCAGGACUGCGGAGUUCGGUGGGGAUAACUAGUUGUUUUAGACGACUGCUUCAACGCGGUUGGGGGUCACAAGUUUUGUACCCUGGAUCAUAAUAGACGCAACUAUUCUUGCGGCAAACUGAGGACGAUGGCCCAUGUUGUACAUAGGUCGGGUUCGUGGUUGUAUAUGUGUGGAUGAUGUCUGUGCUCAUGAGGGUAUGCGUUACGGUAUGAUGAUAAAAAGUCCGGACACGCUUAUACCAAAAACCAGGCCCAGCGAAUGUCCAAACCUUUUUCCACACCACCUGGCAUGUUGGGGCUUUUGCGAUGAUUCCUUCUGAUGUCACGUUGCUAAGGGAUACUAGAUGGGAUUAGAUACAUGGGAUGGAUAGAUCUACCCGGCUUGCUACCUUUACAUACGUAUUUGACUUAGAGAUAAUUAGGUUGAAGAAAUCUGUGCUGGUCGGGAU